UUUAAGCAGGCGGAGGGAAGCGCACGCAGAGUUCCUGCAGUGGAGCUGAAGUUAUCAUCUAACAUCAGAGCUUAUCGCAAGUAAGGCUGCUCUUCAGGAGAGAGAAAAAAAAGGAGAAGAAAAACAGGUCCUGUCGCAGUCAGAAGUGGUGUGUGUUACCUCCCAGCGGUUUGCAGUGCUCUCCCAGUGCUGAAAAAUGAGUCUAAGCGCCAAUGAGCUGGAGGACCUGUGGGAGUCUUUCGGGGACCUCAACCUCUCUGAAACAUUUAGCAACAUAUCAAGUGUGGAAUCAAUGGUGUGUGCAACAGCGUUCAACCGUACUGCUCUGCUGAACUCCAUGUGUGUCCUCUACACUUUCAUCUUCAUCGUCGGCCUGGCUGCUAAUGCUCUGGUCCUCUGGGUCAACAUCCGUGCGCAAAGAGACUCCAGCCCUCGCCAUGAGACACACAUGUACAUCGCUCACUUGGCGUUUGCGGAUCUCUGUGUAUGUGCUACUCUGCCUAUAUGGGUGAGCUCACUGGCUCAGCAUGGCCACUGGCCCUUUGGUGAAGCUGCAUGUAAACUCACGCACCUGCUGUUCUCCGUCAACCUCUUUGGCAGCAUCUUCUUCCUGGCCUGCAUGAGUGUGGAUCGCUACCUGAGUUUGACACAUCAUAUAGAUGAGGGAGGUGCGCGCAGGAAGUUGAUCCGCCGCGGUGCAUGUGUAGGGGUGUGGCUUCUGGCUCUGGUGGCCUCCUUGCCAGACACCUACUUUUUGCAUACUGUGAAGUCAGCACAUGGGGACACCAUGCUGUGCAGGCCUGUGUACCCAGAGGAGAACCCCAGGGAAUGGAUGGUGGGGGUGCAGCUGAGCUUCAUCCUGCUGGGCUUUGUUCUCCCCUUCCCUGUCAUUGCAGUGUUUUACGUCCUACUGGCCAGAGCUUUCGCUCGCUCUUCUUCUUCCUCUUCAUCGUCCUCCCCAGUGGAACAGGAGCGUUGCGUGAGCCGCAGGGUGAUCUUGGCCUACAUUGUGGUUUUUCUGGCCUGCUGGGGGCCCUACCACAGCGUCCUCCUGGCUGAUGCACUGUCACAGCUGGGCGUAGUGCCACUGACCUGUGGCCUGGAGAAUGUGAUCUAUGUGGCCUUACAUCUCACCCAGUGCCUGUCCUUGCUUCACUGCUGUUUCAACCCCAUUCUCUACAACUUCAUCAACAGAAACUACCGCUAUGACCUCAUGAAGGCCUUCAUUUUCAAAUACUCGACGAGGACGGGCUUGGCACGUCUUAUUGAGGCUUCAAAUGUGUCUGAGGCUGAAUACUCUGCUGUAGCUGUGGAAAACCCACCACAGAUCUAAAAGUUGCAAAACUCUGCAAGCAUUUUAAAAAAGCAUUUAAUUCAAUGUAAACUUGUCAUGUUACAGCUGAUUUGCUCCGUCCAUUACCAGCAUUAUGUUUGACAUUAGACGGCAAUGAAAAGAGGAAAUGCUAGAGUCACAGAAAAGCUUGAAGAUUGUGACAUUUCAUCUCCAGUGGACUGUUUGAAAAGCACUUAGAAAGGAAAGUUAUUAUAAAAUCUGUUACUGAAAUUAUGUAGUUACUAUAAUUGUGAAGCCAAACCAGUGACUGUAAAUGUGUGAAAUCAUUGUCUUUAAUGUGUAUGUAGCAUUGUAUUGAUUGCUUGUUUGUAUGUGUGCGCUGUGUGAUGUAUAUUGAUAGUAUUAGCAGAGUAAUGUUAAUCUUUUUGUUUAUAGGUGUAUUUAUAUGCAUUUAAAUCAGUUUGUCUCUUUAACGUCUUCACACACUGAUUUCUGCUCAGAGCUCCACUUCAUACAGCGCUGCCUCAUCAUUUAUUUGAGCCACUGAGUCUGGCUCAGUAUUUAAGUCCUGCUGUGCCAUUACUGAUCAUAACCUUUUCUCACAUCAGCAAAUGCAAACAAACAACAACAAAUUUCUAAAAAUAGUAUAAAUUAUGUUUUUAGGCUGCUUUCUGCAGCUGUGGCUUAAUAAAUCAUCAGAGGAACAUUUCAACUCUACUGGAAGAAAAAUUUUUCACUGACUGAAUUUCCAGUAUUGAUUCUUUUCUCACAUGUGUAAGCAAAACACAAACUCACAACAAGUUGUUGAUUAGCUUAGCGUCACCUACCAUCCCACCUUACUGCUCAGUUUUAUUUUGGUUGUAAAUCUUUCCAGAUAUUGACUGGAACCAUCAGCUGUGACUACUGAGCUCGAACAGCAGAUGCACGUAGCUCCUGACUUUUCUGGAAGGCAUUAUACAGUAUUCAUUGCUGUCACUCUUAUCUUGUAUCUGUGCUGGUAGAGUACACAUGUCCAUGUGGUAUUAAUCCUGCUGGGCUAUCACACAGACCACAGACAACUAAAAACUUUAUUCCUCUCAUGCAGGCAACACCCAAGUGUUUAUUGGCAACCAAAUAACAAAAACAUCACUGUGUUUGUGUGUGUGUGUAUGUGUGUGUGUGUGUGUGUGUGUGCGUAUGUGGUAGGGUCAUGGUAUUACUCAUGCACAUUUCUGUGUAAGAGAACACUUGACACCAAAAGAUGACAUUUUAUAUGUUGUAAAAUGUAAGUAAUAAGUUGACCUGAGGUCUGUUGUAGGAAUCAGGAUGUUUUGUUUUGGUUUUAUAUAUAUUUUGUAUAUAUAUAUGUAUGCUGACACAGAGCACACUCUCUCACAUGAUUGGUUACACAUGUAAGCAGUUACACUGAAAAUUUUUUCAUGUUGCAAUUCUAAAGAAGUGGAGAAGCAAACAUGUCUACAAGAACAGACGCAUUCCUUUGACACGGUAAUGUGUAACAUAUGUAUUAUUCUAUAUUAAAUACAGACAAAAUA